AAUAAGUUAGGUUACGGUUAAAUAUUCUCAUCUCAACAAUUUCAAUGUGAAAAUGAAAAUGAAGGUACAUAGUAUGUAUUAUUAUUAAAUAGUAUGUAAUAUUUAACAUAAUGGACGCUUACGAUAUUUUUAAAAAGUUAUCUAGAGGUGCGAAGUUUUCUAGAAACUUACAUCAGGAAAAAAUAAAAAAAGAAAAACCGGUGUAUAGUGUUGUAAAACAUGAAACUCCACCAGCCGAAAAAAUUGAAAAAGUACCUAAAGUCAGUCAAGACAAUUCUUCCAUUACGUUAAUAAGUGGAUUAACUACAGAAAACAGAGUCAAAAAACGCAAAUUGAAGGAUGAAAAACACAUAUUAAAGAGUUUGGAGCAGGAAAAGAUAAACCACUAUAGAAACAUAAACAAUAUAACUGUUGUGGGCCGUCAAGUGCCAGAGCCCUGUAAAUCAUUUCAAGAUUUUAAUGUUGAUUCUGACAUUAUUGACAAUCUAAUAAAAUGUGGAUAUGAGGAACCUACACCAAUUCAAAAACAGGCAGUACCCUUGAUGUUAAAGGAAAGACAGAUUCUAGCUUGUGCUCCGACAGGUUCUGGAAAAACAGCAGCAUUCUUAGUUCCUAUAAUUCAUUCACUUCGUGGACCACAACGUCAGGGUUUUCGUGCGUUAAUUUUAUGCCCUACAAGAGAAUUGGCGAAACAGACACAGAGAGAAUGUGAUCGACUUGCUGAGGGUCGAGGAUUUCGUGUACAUGUUAUUAGCAAAAUAAAAAAGGCUUUGACUCAGUAUAAUCCGAAUGGUUCCCAGAAAUAUGACAUUUUGGUGACAACUCCUAACCGCUUGUGCUUUUUGUUAAAACAAGAUCCCCCAGCAAUUACUUUGAAAAAUGUCGAAUGGCUUGUCAUCGACGAGGCUGAUAAACUCUUCGAAUCUGGAGUUCGAGGUUUCAGGGACCAACUUACUGAAAUCUUAAAAGUUUGCGAUAAUGAAAAAAGAAAGAUUGCAAUGUUUAGUGCCACCUAUACUCCAGUCGUUGCCAAAUGGUGCGUCCACAAUAUGAAGGGAUUGGUGCGAGUCACUAUAGGACAUAGGAAUGCUGCAACAGAGUUAGUAGACCAGGAGUUGUUGUUUGUAGGGAACGAACAAGGAAAACUAUUGGCGUUUAGAGACUUAGUCCGAAAAGGCUUGAGUCCUCCGGUUCUUGUGUUCGUUCAGAGUAAAGAAAGAGCCCAGCAUUUGUUUAAUGAACUUAUUUAUGAUGGAAUUAAUGUAGAUGCCAUACAUUCGGAUAGGACACAGUUGCAGAGGGAUAAUACAGUUAGAAGUUUUCGAGAGGGACGAAUUUGGGUCCUAAUAUGUACGGAACUUAUGGCCCGAGGUGUAGACUUUAAAGGUGUCAAUUUAGUUAUUAAUUAUGAUUUUCCUCCAUCGGCAAUAUCGUACGUUCAUAGAAUAGGUCGAGCAGGACGAGCAGGAAGGCGAGGUAAAGCUAUUACGUUUUUCACUGUAGAGGACACAGUAAAUUUGAGGAGCAUUGCACACAUUUUAAAAGAAUCCGGUUGUGAGGUUCCACCUUAUAUGUUAACGAUGAAAAAAAUAUCAAGAACAAAACGAAAACAACUUGAAGUUAGUGCUCCAAAAAGAGAUGAAAUUAUUACCAAACCAUUAUAUGACAGACUAACGGGAGGCAAGAGGAAGAAACUUAGAGAAAUAAACAGCAAAUUAAAAGAAAAGUUACAGUUACAAAAGAAGAAGAAGAAGCCGAAGAAGAAGCAAACAAUUAAAUCAAAUAACAACAAGGACAAUAUAAGUUAAAAAUGUUAAAAUUUUUAUUCAUUUUUAUUAC